CGAGUUGCCUUCCUACUUUACGGUAUUUUUGGUCGAACCGAUCUGAGGUGUGGAGGCUUCGAAAGUUGUGCCAUGUGUAAUAGUUAUUGAUUGUAAAUCGAAAAAUGGCAGAAAUCGAAAAAAGUAAGACGAAGAGCAAGAAGAAAUCGCUCGGGGAGAUGCAGAAGUCAACGAAAUGCGUAAUCGAACCUUCUACUGCGGAAGUAAAACUUGAGUGCAAAGAUUGGCCUCUGUUAUUUAAGAAUUAUGACAAAAUGUUGACACGUACAAGACAUUUUACACCUUUAACGUGUGGCAGUACUCCGCUAAACCGUUCUAUAGAAGAUUACAUAAGGUCAGGAUUCAUCAAUUUAGAUAAACCAUGCAAUCCGUCGUCGCAUGAAGUAGUCUCUUGGAUAAAAAAAAUCUUAAGGGUCGAAAAGACCGGUCACUCUGGUACCCUGGAUCCCAAGGUGUCAGGUUGCUUAAUAGUUUGCAUAGACAGGGCGACCAGAUUGGCCAAAUUACAACAGAAUGCUGGGAAAGAGUAUAUCGCUGUGUUUAAGCUUCAUUCUGCACCAGAAAGUUACCAGCAGAUAACGCAAGCGUUGGAGAAGCUGCAUGGCUCGGUGUUUCAAAGACCACCGCUGAUAUCUGCCGUCAAAAGAGUACUCCGAGUCAGGACAAUCUACAACACCUGGCUCCUGGAUUACGAUAAGGAACGCCAAUUGGGAGUGUUCCGUGUCAGUUGUCAGGCUGGCUCCUACAUCAGAACUUUGUGCUUCCAUCUUGGAUUAUUCACUGGUACUGGUUGCCACAUGCAAGAACUUCGGAGGAACCGUUCCGGCAUUCAGUCCGAGAAGGACGGCAUGGUCACGAUGCACGAUGUUCUUGAUGCGAAGUGGUUGUACGACAAUCUCAUGGAUGAAUCGUACCUGAGGAGAGUGAUAAAACCAUUGGAAGCGCUACUGGUGAAUCACAAGAGGAUCAUCUUGAAGGACAGUGCUGUAAAUGCGAUCUGCUACGGAGCUAAAAUAAUGCUGCCAGGAGUUUUGAUGUACGAUCAGGGAAUAGAAAUGAACGAGGAAAUCGUGAUUGUGUCUACUAAGGGUGAAGCUAUAGCAAUUGCUAUAGCAUUAAUGACUACUCCAACCAUGUCUGCUUGCGAUCAUGGAGUUGUUGCAAAACUCAAGAGGGUAAUCAUGGAGAGAGACGAGUACCCGAGAAAAUGGGGCUUGGGACCUAAAGCAUCGCAAAAGAAGCGAAUGAUAAUUGAGGGUCAGUUAGAUAAACAUGGAAAACCGAAUGCGAACACGCCUUCUGACUGGUUACGAUCUUACGUGGACUAUAAUCCAAGAACGGAAGCAACGGAAGUAAAGGCGGAGCCAAAUGGCGUUGAAGUACCUGUCGGUAAGAAGCGAAAGAGAGAGGAUGAAAGUGCAAUGGACACGAGCGAUGUUGUUGUGAAACAGGAAGAAAAAACCACUGAGAAUCAGGAAACAUCAUCACCGAAAGAUAGCGAAAUAAAGAAGGAGAAAAAGGAAAAGAAGAAAAAGAAGAAAGAUAAGAAGGAAAAACAAGAAAAGGGAGAGGAAGAGUCUAUGGUGGUGGAAGGAGGCGUCAGUGGGGAAUCUCCGGCAAAGGAAGAAAAAAAGAAGAAGAAGAAAAAGAAGGACAAAGAUCAAGAACUACCUGCACCUGCAUCUAGUUAAGUUGCUUUUUAGCAUGAAAAAGAGAAUAAAAAUUUUGAUGAAACUAUUACUAAGAUAUAAAAUUAUUAUUUCUGUAUGAAAUAAUAUAUAAAAUUAUUUCUGUAUGAAAUAAUUUUAAGUAUUUCUUUAUAAAGGUUAUAUUAUGAAAGUUUCAUCUUGUAUAUUGUAUAUUGUAAUUUCUCAAGUCUACUUUAAAACAUACAAUCUUUCAUAGUUUUCUGACUAAAAGGAUAAGACGAAAAUGCAAGUAUUUUCUUCACGUUUUUCAUUAUCCUAUUAUUUGUAUACUCAUGUUUUAAUGAAACGUAUAGAAUUCCAAGU